ACCAUCUCUAAAAGAAAUGGCGUCUUUAAUUAAUCAAUUUUAACUUUUUAUACAAAUUGAGGUGUUUUAGAUGAUUAGUUAACUUUCAAUUAAAGAAGAUUACAUAUCAAACAUACAGAGUUUGUAUUACUUAAUAGCAUUAAUUGAUAUAUCACAGUGUGACCAGUGACAAUAACAAUGGAGAUUGUUUCACUGUCUAAGAGUGUUCCAGAAAUGGCCAUUAAUGGUGAUGAACCACCACCACCACCAUAUGUUUUUAAUAAGCAAUCUAUAUUUGGUUCCAUAGAUGUUUCUCCUCCAUAUGGUCCAUUUCCAGUCAUUGAUAUCAGUCUCUUCUCACCACCCUCAUCAUCGGCUGAUGUACACAAUGAGCUUGAAAAGCUGAGAUCCGCUCUCAUCUCUCCAGGAUGCUUCCAGGUAAUCGGUCAUGGGAUUUCAAGUUCAUUUCUUGACAAGGUACGUGAACUCGGGAAGCAAUUCUUUGAGCUUCCAAUGGAAGAGAAGAAGAAAUACGCCAGACCAACUAACCAAGUUGAAGGCUAUGGAAGCAACAUGAUAGUCUCAGAAAACCAAGUCCUGGACUGGUCUGAUCGCCUUUCUCUUUCGGUGUUUCCAGAAGAUACAAGAAACCUUCAUUAUUGGCCACAAAAUCCCAGUGAUUUCAGGGAGAUGUUAAAUGAAUAUGCCAAGAAGGUAAAAUCUGUAGAGCAAACGCUGUACAAGGCAAUCGCAAAGUCACUAAAUUUGGAAGAGAACAGCUUCUUGAAGAUGGUCGGAGAGCGAGCACCAGUCAGAGCAAGGUUUAAUUUCUAUCCACGUUGUUCAAGGCCUGAUCUGGUUCUCGGCGUCAAACCUCACUCGGAUACAGGAGGGAUUACAAUUCUUUUGCAAGAUAAAGAUGUGGAAGGUCUUCAAGUUCGUGUUGAUGGUAAUUGGUUUAAGGUUGCCAUAAUUCCUGAUGCUCUUGUCAUCAACCUUGGGGAUCAAAUGCAGAUAAUGAGUAAUGGUAUAUUCAAGAGCCCGCUGCAUCGAGUGGUGACAAAUCCUGAAAAGUUGAGGAUGUCAGUGGCGGUUGUAAGUGAAGCAGAGGUUGAUAAAGAGAUCGGAGCUGUGGAUGAGUUGGUGAAUGAAGAAAGACCAAGGUUAUAUAAAAAUGUCAAAAACUUUGGUGCUGUGGUUUAUGAAUCUUAUCAGAAAGAACAAAUAGCAUUGGACACCAUUACAGCUUAAUCUAUUUAUUUCAUUACUAGUGAUGCAUAUCAUAAUGUUUCGUAGUCGAUAAGAUCAUUGAUAUUCCUUGUUCAAACUCUUAUGUGUUGCAGAAGCUCCAUUUAUGCUUUAUGAAUAGUUAUUUCCUGUCAUCAUCU